AUAACAAUGGGAUGGUAGGCGACGACCUUGGGUAAAAAAAAUAAACCCAUGUAAACGCAUUGGGCUUGUUUUGGACAGAGUUAGGGGACAGUGAAACCUCUCGCUUCGCCUCAGCGCUCUUUAUAUUUUCGACUUGGUAGUUAUCUAGCCAACGUUCCUUCUCUACAAAUGUCUAAAAUAGAGUUAUUGAGAAUGUUUCUAAACCAGAGAUUGAUAGCGGCAGCUGAGGAGAUAUUUGGUGUCGUUGAAGAAACGAUAGCAGAGUACCAGGAAGAGGUUUCUCGCACAAGGGAAGAGAACAGUCGUCUACGGCUCACGCUCGAUAUCCGUACUAAGCCAGAUAUCAAGUUACAUAGACAAGAUCUCCAGCAGCUCACUGUCACUGUGUCUGAUGAGGUGUUUUCCCCUGAGCAGCAGGAGUGGAACCCCAGUCUGGGGCAGAAGGACCCAGAACCCACACGGAUGAAAGAUGAGCAGGAUGAACCAAGGACCAGUCAGGAGGACGAGAAUAAUUUCAACGAGUUUAUCAAUUCUUACGGCUGUGUAUCAAGUGACUAUUAUCAGGACCCAACUCAGUUCUCACAUGAAGAGAGAUACUCUCUACCCAGCACCUCAACUGAACAGAUCAAAACAGAACCUUAUGUAGAAGACUAUGGUGUAUCAGAACCAACCAGAGAGUCUCAGCCCUUUUCUGCAGUAGAUAGAGAGUGUUCUGCAGCUCAGAGUGAAAACAGAGGACAUAUUGACAGGAUGGAGAGUGGAGGACCUCUGUCAGGUCUAACGUUAAAGCCACUCAAAUCAAAGAGAACAAAGACAGUAAAAGGACAGCGUUCUCAUAGUGUUAAGGACAGGAAAUUGAACCAUCUAAAAUCACACUCGAGACCCAGUGUAAGCUGGGAUGCUGCUCCUAGUUGUAAGGUAUGUGGAAAGCAAUUUGACUCCAUGGCUUCUUUAUUAAAUCAUGUGCAAACGCACACACAGGAUAAAGAACAUGUUUGUGGUGUGUGUGGGAAAUUCUGUCAGUCCACAGAAAGUAUGAUAAAUCACCUACAAACUCACAUCGGAGCAAAGUGUUGUCAUGUUUGUGGUAAAUAUUUUGCUUGGGAUGCUUUCCUGAAAAGGCAUUUGAGGAGUCAUACAGGGGAGAAGCCGUUUCGCUGUCAUGAUUGUGGCAAAGGAUUCAGUCAGAGUGGAAACCUGGCUGUGCAUAUGAAGAGCCACUCUGGGGAGAAACCACAUUGCUGCCCUGUUUGUGGGAAAUGUUUCAUAAGAAACCCUGAUCUGACAGUCCACAUGAGGACUCAUACAGGGGUGAAACCAUAUACGGGCAGUAUUGUGGCCAAGGCUUAAAGCAAAAUUAUCACUGGAAACUACACAUGAAGAUCCACAUGGGAAAAACCAUAUCAUUGCCAUCUUUGUGACUGUAUUUCAGCACUAGCACCCAGUCAACCUGGCAUGAGAUUUCACAUGGAAGAGAAGGCGUCACUGCCAUGGCUGGCAGAGGCUUUGCAUAGACUGGAAGUUUGGGAAGACAUAAUGACAAUGCACAGAAUAGUUUAGUGUAGAAAAUACUGACAGUGGACCUUGUUUGUGAUACAUGUUUCACUCAGCCGCUUUAUUGAGGAAAGUUUUUACUCGCAGUGACUGUUAAUAUGUGGUUGUUUUACCUGUUUUGAAUCCACUGACUGUAAGACAGUGCAAUUAUGUUUCACUGUUAGUCUACACCUGUUGCCUACAAAGCGUGUCACAAAAUACAUUUGUUUGGAUUUGAUUGCUGCUAAAUGCUUCAAAUGGAUGAAGUCCCCUAGAAGGUACGAGAAUAUUCACAAGAGGCACAAAACAUAAUGACAACCUGAUGAAAAUCCUCCUGACAACAUGGCAGUAGUUUCCUGUGUAGGGAGGGUCUUUCAGACAAUACAAGAGGUGCAUUAAAACAUGUAGUUCUCUGAAUUGACUGGCUUUAUUUCUAUGAAAUACAGUGCCUUCAGAAAGUAUUCAAACCCCUGGACUUAUUCCACAUUUUGUGUUACAGACUGUAUACAAAAUUGAUUCAUUUUUUCUCACCCAUCUACACACAAUACCCCAUAAUAACGAAGUGAAAACAUGUUUUUAGAAAUGUAUUGAAAAUUAAUUACAGAAAUAUCUCAUUGGCGUAUGCACACCCCUUAGCUCAGGUGCAUCCAAUUUCCUUUGAUCAUCCUUGAACUGUUGCUACAACUUGAUUGGAGUCCCCCUGUGGCCAAUUCAAUUGUUCAGACAUGAUUUAGAAAGAAACACACCUGUCUAUAUAAGGUAACACAGUUGACAGUGCAUGUCAGAGAGGGCAGAUAGGCAAUCUAGGGCACUCAGGAUGUGCGAUGGUGCAUUAAAACUACACCGGUUGAGGCUUUACAAGUAGAUACUGGGGAAAUGCCACUAUCAAUUAGAGUUAAGCGUACUGGGCAAGACUGAAGGGUAGUAAGGUAGAUCAUCCUACACUGACAGUAUUGGAAGACUGCUGGUAAUACGAAAGACAUCAAGAGAGAGAUUUUGACCUAGAGAUUUGGAAAAGGGGUUUGUAAAGAUGGACUCAGGGAGCUUGUUAUAGGGCCAGCUGUGGCAAUAGGAAAUGUGUCACUGUGGUUUUAUACAAGACCACAUGUCGAUUUUAGCCUGAUCAAAGAACCUGUGGUGUGAACAAGAUCAUGUAGCAACAAUAGUGGAUCAAUAUAUUACUAAUCAGUUUUAUUAUUGGCUUGCAGUGCAUACAGAUGGUUCAAAGUAUCCCAUGAAUGGGAAGACAGGAGCAGGUGCAUUUAUUCCUGAGUUCGAUGUUAAUCUAUGCAAGAAGCUAACAAAUGAUUUAUCUGUAGAUUCAACAGAAAUGGUUGUGAUAAUUGUUGGAUUGCAAUGGAUAGGGGUGCAACCAGGAAGAAUAGCAAUAUGUUCGGACUCUGCAUCUGUUUUGUGUAGUUUAAGAUCUGGAAAGCAUUUCGCUACAUCCACAAUAACGUGCUAAAUGUGUGUUGGUGACAAAUAAAAUUAGAUUUUGAUUUGAAAGUCAGAACAUGAGGAUUUAUGGGUAGAAAUAAUGCUGCUGUUGUUGGGCUUACAAAGAAAUGGUAUUGAAAUUCAGUUCUGUUGGAUUCCAGCUCAUAAAGGAGUUAAUGGAAAUGAUAUAGUAGAUAUAAUAGCAGAAAAAGCAGUGAAAAAUAAUAUUGUGGAUAUACAGGUGCAGUUGGGUAGAGAGGAAAUGAAAACAUUGAUUCUGAAAAAUGGGUUAGAUUGCUGGCAGAGACAAUGGGAUGAAAGUAGUAAGGGCAGGCAUUUUUAUAGUACAAGGAAUUCUGUAUGGGGGAGAGUGUCAUAUAAUGGGAACAGAAGGGAGGAAGUUAUGUUGUGUAGGAUGAGAUUAGGGCAUAUGGAUUUGAAUUCCUCUUGGAAAUUGAUAGGGAAGCAUGGUACUGGAAUGUGUAAUGGCUGUAUGGUAGAGGAAAUUGAACAUUAUUUUGUGAAAUGUGUGAUGUAGAAAGGGAGAGGUUAUUUGACAGGGUCAGAGAGGUUGUAUGGGAAUAGGGAGAAGGUGGUAUUUUAUGUGGGGAUGACGGGAGUAGUGAGGUUUGUAGGGAAUUAUUUUAUUUUAUUAGAAAUUCAGGGUUAGUUGAGAGAAUAUAGUGGUAUAUUUUGGUCGUGACCGGCCUCACACUCCAGAACAGUAGGUGGUGGUGUAUGCACCUGCCAGUUGGUUGCGAUUCGCCAAUAAAAACUUAAAGAAGAAGUGCAUGUCAAAGCAGAAUCUAUACCAUGAAGUCCAAGGAACUCUGUAGUUCUCUGAGAUACAAUUGUGAUGAGGCAUAUAGCUGGGGAAGGGUAUAAAACAAUGUCUAGAGUGUUGAAAGUUUCUGAGAGCUCAGUGGUCUCCAUUGUUGGGAAAUUGAAAAAAAUGUGGAACUACCCAGACUCUGCCUAGAGCUUGCCUUCCAACCAAACGGAGCAACCGGGCAAGUAGGACCUUGGUCAGGGAGGUGACCAAGAAUGCAAUGACCACUCAGAGUUCCUUGGCUGUGAUGGGAGAACCUGCCAGAAGGACAACAGUCUCUACAGCACUUCACCAAUCUGGGCUUUAUGGGAGAGUGGCCAGACAGAAGCCACUCCUGAGAAAAAGGCACAUGACGGCAUGCCUGGAGUUUGCAAAAAAAGGAAUGUGAAAGACAGAUCAUAAGGCAAAAGAUUCUGUGGUCUGGUGAGACAAAUUGAACACUUUGGCCUGAAUGUAAAGCGCUAUGUCUGGAGAAAACCAGACACAGCUCAUCACCCGUCUAACACCAUCCCUACUGUGAAGCAUGGUGGAGGCAGCAUCAUGCUAUGGGGAUGCUUUUCAGCAGCAGGGACUGGAAGACUGGUAAGGAUGGAUGAAACAAUGAAUGGAGCCAAAUACAUGCAAAUACUUAAUGAGAACCUGAUCAGAGUGCAAAUGACCUUGGACAGGGCUGAAGAUUUGCAUUCCAACAGGACAGUGACCCUAAGCAUACAGCCAAAGUAACAUUGGAAUGGCUUCAGAACAAUAAAAGUUAUUGAGUCGCCCAGCUGAAGCCCAAACUUGAAUCCCAUUGAAAAUCUGUGGAAAGACUGCUGUUCAUCGCCGCUCCCCAUCUAACUUAACAGAGCUUGAGAAAAUCCCCAAAUCCAGAUGUGCAAAGCUGAUACAGACAUACCCAAGACAACUCAAAGCUGUAAUCACCUCCAAAGGUGUUUUUUCAAAGUAUUGAUUCAGUGGUGUGAAUACUUAUUUAAAUGAGAUAUUUAUGUAUUUUUAAAAACAUUUUUCACUUUGUCAUUAUGAGGUACUGUGUGUAGAUGGGUGAGAGUUUUUUUUUUUUUAAAUACAUUUUGAAUUCAAACUAACAACAAAAUGUGGAAUAAGUCAAGGGUUAUGAAUACUUUCUGAAGGCACGGUACAUCACUCCUCUUCUCUUCCUUUAAUUAAUUGCAGACAUGAGAAUGUUGAAUUAGAUUGGGAAAUACUUAUUCAAUCUGAUCAAUGAUUAGUAUGAAAAGGGAUUAGAGGUGAAUUCAUUUUGCCUAUUACAGUUUUUCUCAGUCGCUUUGGUGCAUUUCUUAGAUCAAAAGUGCCAUUCUUGAUACUACUUGUACAAAUUCCAAAUCAUCUAGUCACUUGUGCACAUCAUUAAAGCAAUUUCUUAUUCCUUUGAA